ACGCGACCGAGUUGUAUAAUAUUAUACGCUAAAUAGGUAUAUGCCCGCCGUAGUAGCAGUUUGUGUUUUUUAAUAGGCUAUUUCGCAGUUAGCAGCAGCUGAUUUAUUUAUACACGAUAGAACUGUAUAAAAAUACGUUCGUGAAUUCACGAUCAUUUCCUCGCGCUGUUGUAAUAUUAUUAAUAAUAAUCGUUCCGUCGUUUAAAGGCCAAUCGGUCGUUUACGCAAUUUUUUUUUAUUUUCACUAAUCUUUUUUGUUGUUGUCCAAACGGACUUCGUCGGCAAUGCUCCUAUGCCAUUGCAAUAACUCUCUCUUUCGGAGACUGACGUCCUUUUAGUGCGAUCGUAGUGUUAGCGUUUAUGGUUUUCUUUAUUUACCUUAAACAUUAGGUCAUUUGGGCGUGAGAGAAAAAUGUUAACGUUGGACGUCGUGCCCGAAAGGUCUCUGGGAUGUGAACAAUGGGAAUUCGUCCUGGGUAUGCAUUUUUGUCAAGCUGUAGCAAUAAUUCAGUCUCAAGUUGGUAUUAUAAAAGGAGUUCAAGUUUUGUAUAGUGAUAAGAACCCUUUAGAUAUUGAUCUCAUAUUAGACCUUCCUCAAGAUGGUAUUCGAUUUAUAUUUCAUCCUGUAUUUCAACGUUUAAAGAUGAUUGAAAUUGUUAACCUGAAAAAUAUUAAACUGAAAUAUUGUGGUAUGGUGUUCAAUGCUCCAGAGGUGAUGCCCACCAUCCAACAAGUGGAACAUACAUUUGGUGCUACUCAUCCUGGUGUUUUUGAUGCUGAAAAACAAACAUUUACAUUAAACUUUCGAGGAAUUUCAUUUUGUUUUAAUGUAGACUCUAAAUUUCAGGCUGGUAGUGCUCAGUGUGGGCUUGGAUCUUUGCAGUUUGCUAGUGGAACAUCCCCAAAUGUCAGUCGUGUUAUUAUAUUCUCUGGGAGUCCACUUCCUGGUCAAGAUAUUCUAAAUAUUCCAUCACAUCCUUUGUCUUGCUACAAAGGGUUGACUUAUUUAGAACGAUUAGAGGUUCAAAGAGAUCUUAAAAAUACCAAAGGAUUUAUGAUACAAUUAUACUUGGAAGGCUCUGGUUCAAAUCGUGGUCGUAAAGUCACUUAUAAUCGUGAAAUUAAUUUUGGAAUGUCGUGUCAAGAUGUUACUUCUAUGUUAGGCACCCCUUCGCAGAUUUUUUAUAAAUCUGAGGACAAAAUGAAAAUACAUUCACCAAAUGUUCAUAGACACAUAUCUGUUCCCAGAAGAUCGGAUUACUUUUUCAAUUAUUUUACCUUGGGUUUUGAUAUUCUUUUUGAUGCCAAAACACACAAGAUUAAAAAAUUUAUAGUGCAUACCAAUUUUCCUGGUCAUUAUAAUUUCAAUAUUUACCAUAGAUGUGAAUUCAACAUUGCUUUAACUUCAGAAAAAUCAAAAUUCAAUUUGUCCAAUGACUGUAAAAAAUAUGAUAAAAAACCAAAGCCAAUUACAGUGAAUACUUUUACCAAAUGGGACGAGAUAUCUGAAAGACUAAAACAUAGUGAAAGGCCUGUUGUGUUAAAUCGUGGAUCAUCUGAGAACUCUACAAAUCCAUUUGGAUCAACAUUUUGCUACGGUUACCAAGAUAUGGUGUUUGAAGUUAUGCAAAAUCAGCAUAUUGCUUCUAUAACAUUUUAUAAAAGUGACAUUGAAGAUGAUGUAUGACGAAAAUUAGUCGCCACAUCCUACCCAGUGGCCUUAAUGUGUUUUUAUAACCAAUCAGUCUCUUACCAUGACUAACAGUAUUUAAAAAUUCAAAAAAAUUAAUGCAUACCCAAUCAGUGUACAAAAAAAAAACUUAUUAAAUUUAAAUAUCUAUAUAUGUGUACACGAUAUGUAAUCGUAUGUGGCAUAUUUAGUUUGAGACUAAAACAUAUAAUUUGAAUGGUCCCAUACAACAAGUUUAAAAAGUAUGAAGUCAAGUUUCAUUAAAAAUAGAAUGUUAAGGUUUUCCAAAUAUUUUGGGGAAAAAAAAAAUGUGUUCAAAUAGUUUUUAAUUUAAAAUAUAAUUUUAUGUAUAUACUUAGCAAUAUAUUUUUCUUGCUAUAAAAGUUUGUUUAAAGUGUUCUUAAUAUUAUAUUUAUUUAUAUGUGUAAGCACAUCAUUAAUUGUUGUACAGUUAAUUUAAUUUACUAAAAUUAUAUUUAUUUAUUUAUAUAGAAACUUGACAAUUUUAAUUACCACUGUCUAAUUUAUUUAGUUAAUAAUUAUUUUCUAUCUAAUUUUAUUUUAAUAUUUAUUAAUUUAGCCAAAACUACUUAAGUAGAUAAUUUAACAUACAUUUUAACAAGUGCGAAGUAUGAUCUCAAACAAAAUAAUGUCACAUAAAAAUAUUUUUUGUUAGUAAGUGCAGGUUCCACAUUUUUUUCAUUCAAAUUAUACAACUAAAGUAAUUGAGUGAUCUACAGCUUUAACAAACUUAUAUUUAUAUAUUUUAAAUGUCCUAAAUUAUUCAUUGUAAUCGAAUUUAGAUAAAAUUUGUUUCUCUAAAAUAUGUUCCCACAAUCUCUAAAUAUAUCAAAAUCUUCAAUGUUGUGAUACCAAUAGUACAUGUAAUUAAAUUGUAUAACUUUAAAUUUACUUAUAUAUAUAUAUAUAUUUUUUUUUUAUCAAAUAGUAUAUUAGUUAUUAGUAAACAUUUUGUAAGACUUAAAAUAUGAACUAUUCCAGGAUUCGUUACCACAAUACAGAGUAUUUUUGAUGUUUAUAAAACAUAUACAUUCCAUUAU